UUCUAUAAAUGCGCCAAACAACUGUCAAAUUUGUUUCUGUUGUUUUAUUACAAAAAUUUGUUAUUUUCUUGUAAUUUUUUUUAAAUUAAUAAAGAAUUAUGUUAACUGAUGCCGAAAAAACUUCACGAAUGCCUUGGGUUGAAAAAUACCGCCCGGCAAAACUCGACGAUCUCAUAUCCCACGAUGAAAUUAUUUCCACAAUUAACAGAUUUAUUGAAAAGAAACAACUCCCACAUUUGCUUUUUUAUGGACCUCCUGGAACUGGUAAGACAAGUACGAUUUUAGCAUGUGCCAAACAACUUUACACACCCGCCCAAUUCAAAUCCAUGGUCUUGGAGUUGAAUGCAUCCGAUGAUCGUGGUAUUAAUAUAGUCCGAGGGCAGAUACUUAACUUCGCAUCGACUAGAACCAUCUUUAGUGGAACUUUCAAGUUGAUUAUAUUGGAUGAAGCCGAUGCCAUGACUAAUGAUGCUCAAAAUGCCUUGAGAAGAAUUAUUGAAAAGUACACCGAAAAUGUUCGAUUCUGUGUGAUUUGUAAUUAUCUGAGUAAAAUCAUUCCUGCUGUUCAAUCGAGAUGCACUAGAUUCCGAUUUGCUCCUCUCUCACCGGAACAGAUUCUUCCACGUUUGGAUAAAAUCAUUGAGUCCGAAGGAUUGACAGUAACUCAAGAUGGUAAGCAAGCUUUGAUGGUCUUGUCCAAGGGAGACAUGCGUAAAGUACUAAACGUCUUACAAAGUACAUCGAUGGCAUUUGAUACUGUAAAUGAGGACAAUGUCUACACUUGUGUUGGCCAUCCACUGAGGAAGGAUAUCGAAAGAGUCUUGGCAACUCUUAUGUCAACAGAAAGCUUCGAAAAGGCUUACGAUGAAAUUCAAAAAGUCAAAAAUGCGAAGGGUCUAGCUUUGGAAGAUAUUCUAACAGAACUUCAUUUGUUUGUUAUGAGAAUUGAACUACCAAUGAGUGUUAUGAAUAAAAUCAUCAUAAAAAUGGCUGAUAUCGAAGAAAGAUUAGCUAAAGGAUGCACCGAAGGCACGCAAACCACAGCUUUGAUUGCAGCAUUUUUCAUUUGUAGGGAUAUGGUAACAUUGGAGUCUUAAAACCGUUAAUAUUAUCAGAUGCUGUUAUAUGAUUAUAAAUAGUUCGUAAGUGCCUAGAUUUUGGCUAAAUAAACAAAAAAAAAAAGAAA